AUGGCUCGGUUGAGAGGCACAAGGCCAGGAAAUAGCCCUCGCCAAAUGUCUAGCUUGGUCAAGCAAUUAGAUACUUUGUUCUCAAUGAAAGACUUGGGUCCUCUUAAUUACUUGUUGGGUGUUGAAGUUAAAUAUUUUGGUGAUAAAAUGCAUUUGAAUCAGGCAAAGUGUGCUUUGGAUUUGCUUAAACGUACAAAAAAUUUGGAUGCAAAACCGAUUUCUACUCUAGUUCUUUGCAGUCAAAGGCUUAGUGCUUAUGAUGGUGAGCCAUAUGACAAUCCAGAGAUGUACCGAAGUGUCGUGGGUGCACUUCAAUAUUUGACGAUCACGAGACCAGACAUCUUCUAUGCAAUCAACCAGGUUUCUGCAUUUAUUUCGGGUCUAAUCUCGUGUCUUGGAGUUCUAAGAAACAAAAGACGGUCAGCAAGUCGAGUUCAGCUGAGUACAGACAGCUUGCUUGCAUAG